UCUAGACGCUGUCGUUUGAACAUAGUAGUGUGUUUUCUUUUCUGCCUUUUGUUCUGCGCUAAUGUUCUAUAGUUUCACAAGUAUUUAUUUUUAGGUAACACAUCUUUUUUCCGAUUCAAAUCAUGUCUACAAAGAAACUGGCCAAAGAAUUGGGAUUCCUGAGGCAGCGAUGUCAGUCCUCCAGUGGACUGAAGACGUCUGUGAUAUCCAAUCAAGUAUUUUCAUACCUGAUUGUGAUUGAUUUUGAGUCAACUUGCUGGAGAGAGAAAAACAACAGGACUCAGGAAAUCAUCGAGUUCCCUGCUGUUCUGUUGAACACGUCCACGGGUGAGGUCGAGUCUGAGUUUCAUACAUACGUUCAGCCCCAAGAACAUCCAAUCCUGUCCCAGUUCUGCACUGAGCUGACUGGGAUUACACAGACACAAGUUGAGGCAGGAAUCCCCUUACACAUCUGUCUGUCUCGGUUCAGCCGUUGGCUCCAGACUCAGCAGCUGCAGAUGGGAUUUGGCUUUCCCAACAAAAAACUUUCACUCUCUCAGAAAUCCUGUACCUUCCUCACAUGGUCGGACUGGGAUCUGGGCGUGUGUUUGCAGUAUGAGUGUAAACGCAAACAGAUCCAUAAACCUGAUGUCCUUAACAGCUGGAUUGACCUGAGAAGCACAUACAGGCUCUUUUACAACCGAAAACCUAAAGGACUGAAUGGGGCGCUGCAAGAUCUGGGAAUACAGUUUUCUGGGAGAGAACAUUCUGGUUUAGAUGAUGCCCAGAAUACAGCUCGGCUAGCAGCGAGGAUGAUGAGAGAUGGGUGUGUGAUGACGAUCACCAGGAGUCUGGAGCGGACUUUAUCUGUGGCCAAACCCAUGUUUGGAAACACAUGUCCCACAAACAAAGAAAAUCUCUGCCUCAGUAAAGUGGAAAACAUGCUAACCACAAACAAAACCACCUCAUCCACGGCGAUUCUUCCAAUAUCAUCCUGCUCGGAGAAGAUUGUGAGGAAUCUAGACAGAAAUACAGAGCAAAGUUGCGCUGAAGAAUUAGUUCAAGUCUGCACUCUAGUGUCAGCGAAAACGCUGCUGAAUGGAAGGACUAUGGCAGUGUGCAUCACUAAUCCUGCCUCAGUCAAAGUUAAUUGUCUUUCACCACAUGGUGAUGGUGUCGUUCUGUGUUCCACCACAUUGGGUUGUCCCUCCAAUAUGCCUCCACCAAGUGACCCCUCACGGACAAGAACGGAAGGAUUUGAGGAGGAGGAAGACCUUUUCGUGGAACCAGAGGAGAGGUGUAGCUCUUAUGAUGCUGUAGUCUUGGAGGCUGGUGUUUUUAGUGAAGAACGUGACGUGGAGUACAUGUCAGAUUUUGAUAGUGGAUGCUGUUUGUGGGAUGGUCUGGAUAAUUCACACUCACCCGAGGGACGCUGCACUCUGAAAAACAGCAUCAGCACAAUGAUGUCCACUGACUCUAAUUCCCCAUCCUUGAAGACAAGAUUCCAUCCUAAUGUCUCUCCUCACUUACACAAGAUGCAGCAACGCUCGUCAGUCACCCUGAAACCAGUAACUUUGGUCUCAGACUCAUAUCAACACUCUCAAGCUCUCGAUAAGUCACAUAAUUCUCACAAGAACUGUAAAACAAACAUUGUCUCCCCUUUCACGUCCAAGACGUUUGUCCCAGAAAAGACAUCUACCCCUAAUGUCUCAUUUGUCAGGCGUAAGACAAAUGAACCGUGUUACAAAAGAAACAAAGCUUCUUUUACAAUCUACAGUGAUGCAGCCACAGGUGACACCUCCUGUGGCCGCUUGUGUCCCGCCCCCAGGAGUGUCCUCUCAUCUGUCUCAAUCAACACGUUCUCAUCUAUCAACUGUUCAACCACGUCUGCAACACCGAGGAUCACAUCACCACUGUGUGCGUGCGGACGCCGCACAAAGCGACAGAUCGUCUCCAAUGGCGGACCAAACCAUGGGCGGGGCUUUUACUGCUGUCCGGUCCGUCGUUCUAGCGGCGGAGGCAGGAUCCACAAGGGGUGCCAGUUCUUUAAGUGGGAGUCGGCUCUUAUAAAGGGUAGCACACAGGUUUCUCCUGCUGGUGGCUCAUCUGUCUCACUCUGUCAAAUGAACUCAGCUGUCUUGUGUCCACCAGCACAGAGGUCAAAAUUAAGAUAGAUCUGCUAACAAAAACUGCAGUGAUGUUUCAAGUGGAUUAUGUCACAUUUCACUGGAUUUGUUUGGCACAUUUGUCAUGACUUUUGUAACUUAUUAAAUUGAAAGAUAACACUAAUUAUGGUUGUCUGUACAGUUAACUAUUUUAAUUAUGUGCAUGUACAGU